GUGCAACUUUCAUUUUCGCAGGCUUCCACCAGUUCUCCUCCAUUCUCACCUGCUUUUUUUUUAACCAAGCGAGGGCAAAGGAUCUCAGUUCAGCUUCCCUUAUUCAUCCUCUUGGAAUUCCGUGAGGCGCUUCUCCUUAUAAAUUGUUUGACAAAGAAAUCAUCUUUUCAUAAGAAGAAGCUGCGGCGUGAACAAUAGUAGCUAUCGGAGAGGGAGAUUACCGUAGAAGAUUCCGGAGGACCGUCGUGAAGUCUUAUCCCAUACACAAGCUCUUCAUUUAUUUCCUAUUUCUAUUUCAUUGAAGCUCAUCCAUCAUUCUCGGUGCAUAGAAUAUAUAAUUUUAUUGAAACAUUUAAUUAGUGCUGGUGCUUCUCCGUUUCAGAAGAUGGAAGCUGGAAGGAGCCAGGAUGCUUCCUUUGUUAAUGGACCUGCAAUGACUUCCAAAGACAAUUCCGGAUUGCAACAGGAUGAUUCUGUUUCCUGUGAGCAAAAUUGUGAUCCCAACAGAAGAUAUACAUGCAACCCGGAUGAUGUUCUCAGGAAUGUAAAAGAUGUUUCAUAUAUCUUCAGACAAGAUGUUGUGAAAAGUAAAGCUGAUGGCAAAAUAGGGAUAGUGACUGAAGCUGCUGGUGACUCGGAUUCAGAUAGUGCAAUUAGUGAUGAUGAAUAUGAGGAAGAGGAAGAAGAUGCUGAAGAAGCAGAUAGUGAUGGCAUUAAGGAUGCUGAAGGAAAACCGGAAAACGAUGAAAAAACUGAGGGGUGCCCUGGUGAGAAUACAGGCAGUGACCACAAAAGUGAUCGUCUUUUAACUGAUCAAGUUAGAGUCCUUUGGUUGGAUGAGACUGAGUCAGUUAUGUCUAUUGUUGAUGUCACAGUUAUUGAUCGAGGAUUUCUACCGGGGGAUUAUGUUUCUGCUGCUGCCAAUCCAAUAAGCCAAGUUGGUCUCGUGGUUGAUGUUAAUAUUUCUGUUGACUUAUUAAGCCAUGACGGCUCUUUUCUCAAAGGCAUAUCAACCAGAGAGUUGAAACGUGUUAGGGAGUUUGCAGUUGGUGACUACGUUGUUCAUGGUACCUGGCUUGGUAGAAUUGAUGAUGUUUUAGACAAUGUGACUGUCAUGUUUGAUGAUGGUUCUCAAUGUAAGGUUAUGAAAGCUGAUCCGUUACGUCUCAAACCUGUUGGCAGGAAUAGCCUUGAAGAUGGGAGUUUUCCUUACUACCCAGGUCAGCGUGUCAAAGCAAGCUCUUCAUCCGUUUUCAAGGACUCAAGGUGGAUAUCUGGCUCAUGGAAAGCUAACCGGUUGGUAGGGACAGUCACAAAAGUUACUGUUGGGUCAGUGUUCAUUUAUUGGAUUGCUUCUGCUGGAUAUGGACCUGAUUCUUCUAGUCCUCCAGCUCAAGAGCAAAGUUCCAAAAACUUGAAGCUCUUAUCAUGCUUCACACAUGCGAAUUGGCAGUUGGGUGACUGGUGUCUUCUUCUUUCACCCCCUCCCCCUCAAUCGUCUUCAAUCCGCUUGGACCAAAAAUUAGCAAAGAUGGAUCUUAGCGGCUCUACAAAAGAAGAAGCUUCUAAAUCUGCCCAAAUUGGAACAGACUGUGAUUCAGAGGGGUCACAUUGCAAUGGUGAACCCAUAGGAAAUGAUGUCGCCACUUCAUUGGACUUAAAGUGUGAUAGUCCAGAAAAGAAGGGGUCUCUGGAAUCUACUACUUGUGGUAGUACAUUGCCUGAGUCAAAAGAGCCCGUCCAUGAGAGUUGGCCGCUUCACAGGAAAAAGAUUCGUAGAGCUGUAGUCAGGAGGGAUAAGAAGGUAAAGAAAAAAGAGGAGAAUUUCGAACGUGCCCUUUUGAUUGCAAAUACUAAGUCACUUAUUGAUGUAGCCUGGCAAGAUGGAACCAUACAACGAGGGCUGGAAUCCACAUCCUUGAUUCAUGUUGAUAACCCAGGAGAUCAUGAAUUUCUUGCUGAACAGUACGUAGUUGUGAAAGCUGCGGAAGAUGCUGAGGAUGUCAGUGAAACUAGACGUAUUGGUGUUGUGCGAAGUGUGAACGCAAAUGACCGAACAGCCUGUGUGAGGUGGUUAAAGCCUGUUAAUAGGGCGGAGGAUCUUCGAGAAUUUGAUAAAGAGGAAGUGGUUAGUGUCUAUGAGUUGGAAGUGCAUCCCGAUUAUGAUUACUGUUAUGGAGAUGUAGUUGUUAGGCUGCCACCUGUUUCUACUCCAGCACAGCUUGAGAACCCUGUUGAUGAUUGCAAGCAACUACUUGGUCCAGAUGAGGAGAAGGAAGACUUGGAAAUGCAUCUGGAAAGCAAGAAAGAUGGAAGUGCAUCAAGUGAUAAAUUUUCAACGCUGUUUUCAGACCUCGCCUGGGUUGGGAACAUCACUGGGCUUAAGGAUGGAGACAUUGAAGUUAUGUGGGCAGACGGGAUGGUAUCAACGGUUGGACCACAAGCAAUUUAUGUUGUCGGUCGAGAUGAUGACGAGUCUAUGGCUGCUUCUGGAAGUGAAAUUAGCGAUGAUGCAGCAAGCUGGGAAACACUUGAGGAUUAUGAAGCAAAUAACCUUGAAAAUUCAAAUGAGGGCCUGGGCACUCAAAGUGCUACUGAUGUCAAUAUUGAGACAGAAGAGAGUAAGAUGAGUACAGAAAGUGCUGGAAUGAAUGGAGCUCUGGCUACUGCAUUUGGAUUUGUAUCUGGGCUGGCCGCUGGAAUACUCUCAAGGGUAAGGUUGAGAACAGAAUCCCCAAGUUCAGGUUCCAGAGAGGAAGCAGAAACCCAACAACCGGGAUGGGAUAGAAAAAUAGGCAUGGAUGAUAGCGAAAUGCUAUCUAUAAUAAGGACAGAGGCAAAUCAUGUUGCGGAGGCCAUUAAACAGUCAUUUGUGGCAGAAGCUCCAUGUGACAAUAAGGCAGAACCAACAAGUGCAUCUGUACACCAUCCAGAUGGAGCAUAUGCUUUUAAGAAGUUUGAUAUCACAACUGAUCCUCAUGAUCAUUAUUUUGUUGGUGCAGUUGAUCAGAACAAUGCUGGAAGGAAGUGGCUUAGGAAAGUUCAACAAGAUUGGAACUUUCUACAGAAUAACUUGCCUGAUGGUAUAUUCGUGCGUGUUUAUGAAGAUCGCAUGGACCUUAUGAGGGCGGUGAUUGUUGGACCAUACGGCACACCUUACCAGGAUGGCUUAUUUUUCUUUGAUUUUCACCUUCCACCAGAGUACCCUGAUGUUGCACCAACAGCAUAUUAUCAUUCUGGAGGAUGGCGAGUUAAUCCAAAUCUGUAUGAGGAAGGCAAAGUUUGCCUUAGCCUUUUGAAUACCUGGACUGGUAAAGGAAACGAGAUUUGGGAUCCUGCAUCCUCAAGCAUUUUUCAGGUCCUGGUUUCACUUCAAGGAUUAGUUCUUAAUUCCAAACCAUAUUUCAACGAAGCUGGAUAUGACAAGCAAGUUGGAACUGCCGAGGGAGAGAAAAAUUCUCUGUCCUACAACGAAAACACAUUUUUGUUGAACUGCAAAACAAUGAUGUAUUUGAUGAGGAAGCCCCUCAAGGACUUUGAGGAACUGGUCACAGAGCACUUCAAGAGGCGUGGUUAUUACAUUCUAAAAGCUUGUGAUGCAUAUAUGAAGGGUUACCUUAUCGGUACACUAAACCCAGAUGCUUCUUUUAGCAGUAACAGCACCACACAAUCAAAUUCGGUUGGUUUCAAGCUUAUGUUAGCAAAGAUUGUGCCAAAACUCUUGCAUGCUUUGAGCGAAAUUGGAGCUGACUGUGAUGAGUUUAAACAUCUGCUACACAGUAGUGCACCAUAAAGGGGAAUUAAUUUGUUUGUUGAGUUCCGGCUUCAUGUCUUUGUUGUGACUUUUUUUCUUUACUUAAGCAGUUGUGAUAAAUUGUUUUGCGGAGAUGCCCCUCAAAAAUUGAGGAAUUUGAGUAUAUAGCAAUCUGGCUUUGGUUUCUUUGGUUGGAAAAUUAGACAGGGAUUCGUAAAAUUGUUGCGUUCAAUUUUGUCCCCUUCUGUGGACGGGAUGUGUGGUAUGUGUUUGUGUGAAUUUUGCUGUCUAGCAGAUUUGGUUUUGCUGAAGAGGACUUUCUUUGUAUAAUUUUACAUUUACACUGUAUAUACACUUACACUGCUAAUAGUUGUCUUGUGGAUGUUGCAAGUUUUUAAUUUAUAAAAAAACUUGUUACAUAUGUUGUUGGGUUGUUGUUUAUCAGUUUAUGUCUAAAAUGGUCUCUUAUUGUGUACCAAAA